AUGGCGCCAUCAAAGCAAAACCACCACUUCAUUCCUCGAUUUAUCUUGAAGAAUUUUGCACCGGAAGAUCAACCCCCAGCAGGGCCGGCAAAUAGGAGUCAAAAGAACAAAAUGGAAAAGCGUUCUGACUUCCUGGCGAACAAGAUUGAUCUGGAAAGAUCCAUGUUGACCCAGCGACCAGUUUCGACCGAGUUUGCCCUCGUGAAUAUGUAUCGAGACCCUGGUUUUGAUGAGAAUCCCUACCACCUCGAGAAGAAGUUUGCACUGCUCGAAGGUCAAGUGAGCGAGAUUGUUCAUCGCGCACGCAGCAGAUUUUCUCAAAGCUUGACGCUCGAGCUCAACCGGAUUGAACUUGAUAGGCUACGAAAAUUCUUGUUUCUGAUGAAGUAUCGAAAUUCGGGCAUGUUCGACCGGUAUAACCAUGACCACAUUGAUGAGUACCAGGCGGAUGACCGGGAAAAGAUUUUGAGUUAUAUGGAAUCCAGUGGAUUCCAAAAACCGCGUGACGUGUGGUUUGAUAACUUACGUCGGUUCUUGGAUGUUAAUAUGGACCCUGAAAGGAACUGGAUGAAUACUCUUAAAACUCAAAUGUAUCCGGACGACGCUAUGAUGAUGGAACUGCAUCUCAUAGGGAGUUUUAUCGCUUUCUGCGAGCCAUCUACCUCGGAAGAUGAAUUUCUGCUGACUCAAAAUGCAUAUUGCAUCUUUGAAGGUCCAUCGACAGAGGAAAUACAUCCGAUUACCCGAAAGGUGGAGAGCAACUACACCGAGUACCACAAUUUUGCCCCAUUGUCCCCCAAGCUUAUCAUUGUCUUACGGAGUCAUCUUCUUCCUUCACAAGGCCAGGACAGUGAUGGACUUCGGAAAUUACGGGAACAAUUUGCUGUGCUUAUUCAAUCUCAACAUCUCCAUCCUGACAAAGCAGGAUCGAUUUUGCAAGAUCUUCCCAUUCAUCCAUGCCACACUAUCUAUGCUGCGCCAGAUAUAACCUCAGCAACCUCUUUGCGAGCCUCUUUCCGUGAGAACGAUAGGUUCCAAUUCCAGUGCUUCAAACUUCCAUCGCGUCAUAUGACAAUUAUCAACAAUCUUCUCCUAGAAGAAGCGUACCUCACCUCAUCAAUUGUCUAUCAUUCUCGAGAAUCGUUGAAAGCAAACUUAGAGAACUAUAUGAAAGCGGAUAUAUAUGGCAUGAAAGCUAUCUUCGAUCCCCAAGAGAAACGUCACGUAUUCCUAACCACACUGGAGAAAAUUUGUCGUGAUCUUGGGAGCUCUGUCAGUUGCAGAAAGACUGUUAUUGAACCUAGUUUCCCGCCUGAUGAAGGUCGGAUGCACAUGUCAUCCGUCGUUGCACUUGAAGUUGGAAUCGGGCUAUUGAAGAUUUCGGGGAUAGAAAGACUACUGCCUCGAGCUUAUUUGCUUUUAAAGCCUGGUAUGAUAGCCGCCAUGAGCAUCCUAUCCUUCCCAAAUUGA